UUGCCAGUUGGUCGCCGGGGUGCAGUUGCUCGCAGCUCAGUCGUGGCGAUCGCCAGGUGAACGAAGGUUGUGUGGCGCAGAGUUUUAAAUUUUUGAAGCCAGAAGAUUGCAAUUGGAUUAUAUACUAUACCCAACCAUGUCGGGCAAACUGAUCAUGAAGCGCAAGCGAGCCAGUCAGGAGGAGCAACAGCAGCAACAUCAGCAGCAGCAGGCGCAGGAGCAACAUAUCCCGGAGCAGCAGCAACAUCAACCGGAAGAACCAGCUCCAGAGAAGCGCCAUCGUCCUCUGACUCCACCCGCCGAAGAAGAGCCAGCUCAGGACUAUCCAUCCCCAGCAGAAUCUCCCAAUCGAAUCCUUUUAGAAGCCCUGCAAAAGAUCAUGGAGCUGCAGGCAGAAUUAGAUGCCUUUGAGCACGAUCUAGAUGAACGGGAUGGAUAUGCUGGAGGAGCAGCAGGAGCCCAAGAUGAGGAUGCCGUAGAGAGUGCAGAGGAGGAUGCCGAGGUGGCUGCCCAGUUUGCACCACCCACCCCAGGCCAAAGGAGUCAGGCGGAGGCACUGGGCUUCGCCAUGUGCGCCCGGGAAACGCUGCUCUUCCUCCAGAGCGAAGGAAUACCCACGGAGUCGCCACUCUACCAGACCCUUCUCGGCAAACUAGUGGGCCAGAGCGAUGGACUGCUGCAUGCUUAGGCGCCGAACUGGAGGGCAGGAGCUCCUCCGCAUUCUAGUCACUUUGCUGCGAUCUCAUUGCAAGUAAAACGAGCGAGAGAGAGAGAGAGAGAAUCCGAGGGUUUGGCACUUUUUGCUUGGGGUGGAAAUGGUGCUAUCCGGGAAUCUGCGUAAUCCUAAGCUGUUUACUCUAGUCAAUUAUUGUGAAGCAAUAUAAAAAUCAUAAGGAACAACGAAACAAAUAAACUAACAAAUAGAAUA